AUGGUUGGACUUUGAGGUGUGCAACUGGUGCCAAGUUGCAUCACAAGAUUAAAAAAACGAGGCCUAAAAAGACCCCCAUUAAUGGUGGUGUGAUAUUAACCACUGCCCAUAUCUUCAUGGGGUCCCCAAAGAUAAUAACAUUGAUACCUAUCAUAAAAAAGUAAACACCUCAUAAUCAUUCAUCUCCUUCCUCCUCUUUGUAAUCCAACAAGAAAUGGAAACAGUCAACAUGGCUGGGUACGAUAGAACAAGCGAACUCAAAGCUUUUGACGACACAAAAGCCGGUGUUAAAGGCCUCGUCGACGGUGGAAUCACGAAGGUUCCUCAGAUAUUUCAUCAACCACCAGGUAAACUCAAGAAAAUCCCAGUUUCAAACGAUUCCCAGUUCAGUAUACCGGUCAUAGACCUUGAAGGAGUGAAGGGAGAUCCGACUACUCGAAAGGAAAUAGUGGAUAAAGUCGGGGACGCGUCAAGGAAACUUAGGUUUUUCCAGGUGAUCAACCAGGGAAUUCCUGUUAGUGUCUUGGAGGAGAUGAAGGAUGCUGUGAGGAGGUUUUAUGAGCAAGAUGUUGAAGUGAAAAAGCAAUACUAUACUCGUGAUUAUACGAAACCGGUGGUCUAUAACAGCAAUUUCGAUCUGUAUACUGGUUUAACAGUCAAUUGGAGAGAUACAUUCUUCAUCUUUAUGGCUCCUAAUUCUCCUAAGAUGGAAGAUUUCCCCUCUCAAUAAUUGUUAGUGCUACAA